CCCUCCUCGGUGUCCCCCACUUUCCCUUUUGUCUAUCCCCCUGAGAUGUGAAAUCCCUCCUCCAGCACAUCAUCCACCACAGACCAAGAGGCUCAGCUGCACUGCUGCUCUUAGCUUUUUAAAAAUAGGCUGGGAUAUGAGCCUGGACAGCUAAGAGACCUGGACGCAUCCUGGGGAUUGAGGAAUGUCUCCACACUUCCCAGAUCCUUCAUAUCUGCGUGAAUCCUCCAAGUAAUUGUCUCUGUGUGUUUAUGUGUGUGUGUGUGUGAAGACAGAGCCUGUAUUACUAGUUGAAGAGAGAGGCUUUUCUGUCCAGAUGAGAGAGUGGACUGAGUUGGAGAUGAGCUUCACAGCAGGGGGGUUUCUCACCGCCUCGGAUGGUUACUGCUCCGCUGAGCAGCUCCAGUACUACGGACUCUGACCUCCAGCUGCUCCCAUACAGCCAACAACAGUACAGUGCUGCCAACCUGCCCUUUUCCCACUAUGGUUCUCCGCCCUCCUCCACCCCUUCUCCCUCCUCUUCCUCUUCCUCCUCGCAGCUCUGCAACCCACCGUACCACUAUAGCCCUCACUGCCUGGAGGCUCCUUGCGAUCCUAGCCCUGAGCCUCACUGUGUGGGCCACACGCAGGGGCUAGGAUCUGUGGGACUGCCACUCGGGCGGAGGUCACGCAUGGGGUUAGGAGGGAAGAGCAGAGGUCAGGAUGAGCUGUGUGUGGUGUGUGGUGAUAAAGCAUCAGGGUAUCACUACAACGCUCUUACCUGCGAGGGAUGCAAAGGGUUCUUCAGACGUAGUGUCACUAAGAAAGCUGUGUAUCACUGUAAGAGCGGCGGUAGCUGCGAGAUGGAUAUGUACAUGAGGAGGAAGUGUCAAGACUGCCGUCUGAGGAAGUGCCGUGCUGUGGGAAUGCUGGCUGAAUGCUUGUUGACUGAGGUGCAGUGCCAAUCCAAACGUCUGAGGAAAGGAGGUAAAGGCAGAGGGCAGGAGGAAGAGGAGAACACAGACAGCAGGAGAGUCAGCUCUACCAGCAGGCUACCCAGACAGGCUUUGUCUGCCAGUUUAACCCGAGAACAGAAAUACAUCGUGGACAGGAUGGUGGAGGCUCAUCGGCUCUACAGAGCUCAGGACAGUAGCAAUUUUAGGGCAUAUGAGUGGCUGUGUCCAGAAGAAGUGGAGGGCCUGUCUGAUGUUUUGUCACCCGGCCUACAAAGGCUGCUGCAGUUUGCCAGGACAGUGCCAGGUUUUGACCUCCUUGAUUUCUCAGACCAGAUUGCUCUCCUAUCCAUCUCUUCACUGGAGGUCAUGUUCCUGCUCUCUGCUCAGCAGUUUUCCCACAGCCCAACAAGCCCCAGUCCAGCUCUGCAGCUUUUUGGUAUGUCAACGCACAGCUGUCUCAGAAAUGUAGAGUCAAAGGAAAGCAUCCACAGCAGGACACUCAUCAGUUCAGAGAGCAGUGAGGAUCUCUUUGCACCAGUGCUCAACUUCUUCCACAGCAUAGUGGCGCUGCGGGUGACGGAGGCCGAGUACACCCUGCUUACAGCCACAGCUCUGCUCUGCUCAGACCGUGCAUCCUUGCAGGCAGCCAGCUGUGUUGAGAAAAUGCAGGAAUUGAUCCUGGACCUGCUGUCCAGGGUGUGUGGGGCCCAAGCUGGGGCAGCACGCGGAGGCGCGCAGAGGUUUGGCCGCCUGCUGGGCAGACUGACAGAGCUGCGAACCCUCCGCCACAACUACCUCCUCCUGACGAGACAGCAGUCUGGACACUGACAAUGAAGAUGUGCAGGAAGUGAUGAAAAUCAGUAAUCAUCUCUGGGGGAUUUUAUGUUUUAACUUCAAUUUAAAGACUUAUUUGUACAAACACUGUCUUAGAAUGGAUUUGAAUUAAUAUAAAUGGGACAGUGUGGAACCAACAGCUCGACUAGGUGGAAAAACUGACCCUCGGUCCUGGGUCAUUUAGGAAUUUUAGCAUCCAACAGGACUGAAAUGUGAUUGUGGGCUGCUGCGCUUUGUUUCAUCAAAGAAACCUUAAUAGGUCUUUUUAUAUUUGUAUACAUUUAGCAUUCACACUUUCAGUACUUCUCACCUUGCUGAAUAAUGUUAAAAUAAAUCAUAAAAGGAAGAUUGUGUUCUAACUGGAGUUCAUCAGCCAAGUUCCUGCCAAUUAACACUUGGACAGGUUUCCUAGAUCCUGGCCUGCUUGACAUUUAAAUAUGUUAUAAUGAACAUACACUCACAGUGCACCUUGCUAGUGCUGGGCUGGACCACCCUUUACCUUCAGAACUACCUUAAUUCUUCGUAUAUUCAACAAGGUGCUGGAAACAUUCCUCAAAGAUUUGUUAGCUGAACAUCCAUGAUGAGAAGCUCCCAUUCC